AUGAAGCGGGGGCUGGGAUUUUGGACGGCAGCCCCGGUCCUAGUGGGGAUCCAGCCAGAGCAUCACUGCCCCUGCGCAAAUAACAGCUCGCUGUUCUCAGCGUCCUGUAUUGUGGAAGGCCGGGAGUACCGGGACCGGGAGGAGUGGCGGCCCAGCCCCUGUACCAAGUGCGUCUGCAGCGCAGGGGAGACGCACUGCUUCUCUGUCCAGUGCCAGCCUGUCGUUUGCCAGCCGCAUGAGAAAGCGGUGAUCUGGCGGGGACGGUGCUGCCCUCGGUGCAUGCCAGCCUCCUGUCAGGCGCCCAGGAAGGAGUACAAGGGUCAGAAAGAGAUGAAGCGGGUGGGGCAGUGCUGUGCGGCGUGCGUGCCCUCCAGUAGGAGCUGUCUCCACCAGAGCGUGGUGCGUUACCAUGGCGAUGUGUGGAGCAACGGCUGCCAGUUCUGCACAUGUGACUGGGGACAGGUCCUGUGUCAGCAGGCUGAGUGCGGCCGAGCAGAGUGCUCUCAGGGGGAGGAGCUGGUCCACCUGCCUGGAAAGUGUUGCCCUGAGUGCACCUCCGUGGGACAGUUUUGUGUGCACGAGGACCAGCGCAAAGAGGACCUGGAGAGCUGGGAGGAGGGGCCCUGCAGGAGGUGUGAGUGCCGGAACGGCCAGGUGACCUGUUACCAGCGCUCCUGUCCUACCUGUCCCAUAGGUACUCUGGCAGUAGCCUCAGAGGGGAGGUGCUGUCCCGAAUGUCAUGAUGUUCAGUGUCACCCUGACUGUGUGACAUGCUUUGGGACCUGGGGCCACUGUGACCGCUGUAAAGACCCUCGCGCUGUUCUGCAUGGUGGCCGAUGUCUGCGGAGCUGUCCCCCGGGGUUCUACCAAAACGGAAGAAUGUGCGCAGCCUGCAAGAACUCGUGUGGCUCUUGUGAGAAUGGCUUUGAGUGCACCUCCUGCCAAAAGCCCCUCUUCAUGAGUCGUGGGCAGUGUGUGUCCACGUGUGGGAGCGGCUUUUUCCCCAGUCACACACAGUGCACACGUUGCCAUGACUCCUGCUCCACCUGCUACGAUCCUGGCCUGCAGAACUGUCUUUCAUGUUCCGACCCCUCUCUCCUGCUCAGAGAUGGUCUUUGUAUGCCAGAGUGUGGCCCAGGCUUCUACACUAGACAAGGCACCUGCCAUGCCUGUGACAGGUCUUGCAGGACCUGCUACCCUGACAGCCCCGGCUGCACGAGCUGUCCCCCAGACACUGCAUUGCAUCGUGGGAAAUGUGUCCUGAAUUGUCCUGAACACCAUUACCGGGACAACCAUGGCAGAUGUAGGGAGUGUCACAGCUCAUGUGCAUCCUGCUCGGGCCCCAUGGGGUCCCACUGCACCCUCUGUCCCAGGACGCUGGCUCUUUACCUGGGACAGUGCCUGGAUGCCUGUGGACAGGGCUGGUAUUCUCAGGACGGGGUCUGCCAAAACUGCCAUUGGUCCUGCCGCUCCUGUGUUGGACCCACGGACUCGGACUGCGUGCUCUGCCGGUGGCCAGAGGAGGCGCUACAGCCCAGAAUCAAAGGGGCCAGCCAUGGCACCUGCAUCUUGGGGUGUCAGGACCGCUUCUACCUAGACAUGAGAAAGACAUGCAGAGAGUGUCACUCGUCAUGUUUGCAGUGCACUGGGACCAGUGCUCAGGACUGCACCUCCUGCCUUCCCCCAGCCAUUCUGCACCAGGGACAGUGUCUCCACAGGUGCCCCCCAGGGUUCCACAGCCACAACGGCACUUGCAACGCCUGCCACCGGUCCUGUAGGGAGUGCUCAGGCCCCAUGGAGGCAGAUUGCUUGGCCUGUCCACCCCACGCCAUUCUCCGUGAUGGCCUCUGCUGGACCAGCUGCCCUGAGGGACAGUACCAGAAUGCACUAGGGGAGCGUGCUGAAUGCCAUGCAGGUUGCCAGCGCUGUGUGGCAGACACUCAGACAGGUGGGAGCGUCUGUCUAAAGUGCGAGGGGCCACGAGACCUCCUGCUGGGGGAUAGGUGUGUCUCUCAGUGCCCAUCAGGGUACUACACCCGAAACGAGACCUGCAGCAAAUGCCACUCUUCCUGUGAGAGCUGCAGUGAUGAAGGACCCCUCUCCUGCACUUCCUGCCCCGCCCCCCUGGUCCUGUCUGUCACUGGUCUGUGUGCCUGCCAGUGUCUCCCUGGAUACUAUGCUGAUGAGAAGCGAGUGUGUCGAGCAUGUGACAGGCAGUGUCUGACAUGUGUGGAGGCUGGAGUUUGCACUUCUUGCAGAGAUGCUGCCAAGGUCCUGCUCUUUGGGGGGUGUCAGUACGAGAGCUGCCCUCCCCGUCACUACCUCAACCACACCAGCCGCACCUGCCGAGAGUGUGACCAGAGCUGUGUAGCUUGUAGAGGUCCACUACACUCUGACUGCCUGCAUUGCAUUGAGGGAUAUGUGCUGCAGGGUGGGACCUGCAUCCAAGGCUGUGCCACGGGGUCCUACCAGGAUGGGGAGAGCUGUCUGGGCUGUGACGAUCGCUGUGAGGAGUGUGAGGGUCCUGGGGUGUGCCGGGUGUGUGAGCAGCCCUUUGCCCUGCUGCGGGGGCUGUGCGUGCAGGACUGUGGGAGGGGCUUCUUCAUGGACUCCUCUGCACGGAUCUGCUCUGCCUGCCCACCCCACUGCGUGGAGUGCGAGGGCUCUGAUUGGUGCACAUCGUGCGGCAGGAACACCUUCCUGAAGAGCGGCCUUUGCACCACGGAUUGUGGACAAGGCUUUUACGCCAACACCAGGACUUGGACAUGCCAGGUGAACUCCCAGGCCCCAGUGCUGCGUGUGAACGGGUCCCUGCUGGUCCCAAUCGGGGGAACUGGACCCCUCGACCUGUCUGUGGUGACCGCUCGAGACCCGGACAGCGCCGAUGAGGACCUGGUUUUCUGGGUUGUGGAGCCCCCGAGCCACGGCAGGCUGUUGAGGCUGGGGGAGGGGGAGGGGACAGAUCUGAGGGAGGGUGACACCUUCACCCUCACUGACCUGCAGAACGGAGCUGUGCGCUUCGCCCACUACAGGGAGAAAUCCAGGAGGGGCCGGCUGAUCCUGCGUGUGGCGGACCCGCAGCUCCUCUCACAGGCAGCGGCCGUCAGCAUCCAGGCGGUGUCCCUGCAGCCUCCGGUCGUCCUGAUCAACCGGCCAUUGGCGGUCGCCAGAGGGGAGGCGGCAGUCGUCGGGGCGUUGGUGCUGUGGAUCGAGGAUGACGACAACCCCGAGGAUGUGGUGGUCAGGGUGAUGGACCCGCCCCGGCAUGGCCGGUUGGCGCGUCUCCACGACGACCAGCCUCUGCGGCGGUUUGGGCUGCUGGAACUGGAGCGGAGGCAGUUGCGGUACAUCCACGGAGGGUCAAGCUGCACCCGCGACGCUGCGCUACUGCAGGUCACCGACGGGCACAACUACCUUAGCCUGCUCCUCCAGGUCCGCGUGGAGCAGAAGAGUGGUCCCUGCCCUCACAUUCACUCCUUCUCCACUGCCUGGGUGAGAGAGGGAGAUGCAGUGCAGCUCAGUGAGAGCCACCUGAGGGCAGAGCGCAGCGGAUCCAGCCAAUCACAGAUCCUCUACUCUAUUGUCCGCUCCCAGGAAAGCCCCAAAUAUGGUAAAGUCGUCCUGGUGCCUGGGCCCAAUGAGUCCACAGAUGGGUGGGAGAGACUGCUGGAUGGACGAGUGGCCACGCCGACCACAUCCUUCACUCUGCAGGACCUCAGAGAGGGAGCGGUGUGGUACCAGCACUCCGGCCGGGGGACAGAGAGGGACAGCUUCUCCCUGCAGGUAUCCAGUGAGGGGUGUCCAGACAAGCUGGGCGAUGUCCACACCUUCACCAUCGGGGUGUUGCCUCGGUCCCCCAACCUCCCCCAGCUGUCCCUGGGCUCACACCUGCAGCUCACAGCCCUUGCAGGUAGUGUGACGGUGAUACAGCCCUCUGCUCUCUUGUUCGUGGACGCGGACACGCCCAGUGACAAGCUGGUCUAUGACAUCACCAGACCUCUCGCUCAGGGACAAGGUGUGAUUGAACACCUGGACAGGCCCCACGCCCCAGUGCGCUUCUUCACGCAGGCAGAUGUGGAUAACGGCAGGAUCCUGUACCGGCCGCCGCCAGCAAGCUCCCACCCUUCAGAGCUCCACUGCCUCACCUUCUCAGGUACGCCGGAGAAAUGGGUGCUUUAUUUCACAGUGUCUGAUGGGGAACACACCACCCCAGAGCUGGACUUUGCCAUCCUCCUUUUGGGGGACUGCCAGGAGCCACCUCUCCUGCAGGUGCUGGUCCCAGUGCUGGAGGUUAACCUGGGGGACAGAGCUCCUGUAGGUGGGCGGCUGCUGGCCGUCUCUGAUGCAGAUGUGGCCCCUGCUGAGCUACGCUUUGAGCUGCUGGACCCUCCAUCACACGGAAAACUCCGGAAAGUAGGCAAGGACAUGCUGACAGAAAUGGUGAAGGACGACACCUUCACCUUUGCUGAUAUCACCCAGAAUGCUCUGCUGUAUGAACAUGGGGGAGGAACCACAGAGGCAGACUCCAUGAUUUUCUCUGUGACAGACGGCACAUCCAUGGCCUCAGUGACGGUUCAAGUGCUGGUGUCAGGAGUGAUGGCGGAUGGACCCCGCCUGGACCCUGAUGCCCAGCUGUUCGUGGAGGUGCCUGAGAAGAGCAGUACAGUCAUCAGACGUGCACACCUGUCUUACGUGAGUAAUGGCUCCUCAGAUGAGAAGAUCAGGAUCCAGCUGCAGUCUGUGGCUGUCUAUGGCACCCUGACCAGGAUGGGCUCCACACUGGGGCCGCAGGAGCUGAGGGAGGGCUCGUCCUUUACCAUGGAGGACAUCGACCGCCAUCAGAUACGGUAUAUCACUUCCACUGAAAUUGGUAGUCAACCAGUCAUUGAUAUAUUCCACUUCACCGUUUACGACAAGGACAACAAUCACCUUGACAACCAGAUGUGUGCUGUUGUCAUUCUGCCUUUCCGCAAGCAGCCCCCCGUUUGUAUGUUGCAGGGUGCGUUCAAGGUACAGGCAGGUGGCAGAAUGCAGCUGUCAGCCAGUAAUAUUACAGCUGCAGUUGUGGACACGCCCAUACAGGACCGGCUUUUGUGGCUGAAGAGCCCACCCAAGUAUGGCUUCAUCAAGAACAUAGAGUGGGCUGGUGGGUCGGGCAGUGCUGGAGUUAUCACCCCGGAGGUCCCCUUUCCCCUGGAGGACCUUGCCUCUGGCCGUCUCGUCUACGUUCAGAACCUCAGCCCCCCUGCCACCUGCUGCCAGGAGCAGCUGAGCUUCUGCACGGGCCCUGGGCCCAGCCAGGUGGAGCUCUACUGCUUCAGCAUAGUCAUCCAGUGUGUGACAGACAGAGCCUCAGUGAUAUCAGAAAACAACGUUCUCAAGCAGGAGGCCUCUGAUGUGGUCCCCAACCCCUCCCUGACCGCUCCGGACACUCCUGAGAAUGAGGUCCCCCUCGAAGACCUGGAGACACCAUUCAAUGACCACAGCCGGACCCCCAAGGUGGUGAGGAAGAGGGGGCUGGAGGAGAACUCAGUGAAAAGGAGUGCCUCUGCAGGGACAGGGGAACAGGCCGACCUGGCUGCCGGCGGCAUCCGCUCUAGUGAGGGGGAGAGACGCUCGGACGGUUUCACCUUUGCCGUGUCCGACGAGCCCAGCGAGGUACGGCGCCCGUUCCUCAUGGCCCUGACGCCAGUGGGCAACUCCUUGCCGCUGAUCCAGGCUCAGGGGAUGAGCGUGCAGGUGGGGGUGAGGAAGACCCUCACAGAGUCUGACCUGAAGGCCAUGGACGCAGACACACAGGAGGAUUCCAUCACCUUCAGCGUCGUAGAGGCCCCUCAGCACGGCGCCCUCCAGAGGACAGUCGACGGGCAGCAUUACAGAGAGACCAGCACCUUCACUAUGGAGGACGUUUCUCAGAGCCGCAUCAGUUACCUCCACGAUGGCAGCAAGUCAGUGGCGGACCGCUUCACCUUCACCAUGACAGACGGCACCAACCGGCUCUUUGUGGUGGAGGAGGGAGGGAAGGAGGUUGUGACAGCUGCCCCCCAGAGCUUUAAGAUUGACAUUCUCCUAGUGGACGAUGGCACUCCUCGUGUGGUCACCAACCUGGGCCUGCAGUGGCUUGAGUAUAUAGGCAAUAAGGUCGCCACUGUGAUCUCUAAGAAGGAGUUGCUUGCGAUGGACCCGGACACAGACGAUGCACAGCUGGUGUAUGAAGUCACAACUGGACCUAAGCAUGGCUUCCUGGAGAGCUCACUCAGACCUGGCACUCCAAUAAGCAAUUUCACACAAGCUGACAUUAACCUGGGCCUGAUUCACUAUGUCCUCCAUGAGGAGAACAUUGAGGAGACUGCAGACAACUUUACAUUUCUGGUGAAGGGAAGUAAACCUGCUGAGGUCACUGAUAACACGUUUCACAUCUGGUGGUCUCUCAUCACCUUUGAGCACUCAAGUUACAACGUAAGCGAGCUGGCUGGCUCUGUGGUUGUGACGGUAAAGAGAACAGGGAGCCUGAGCCAUUACGCCAUGGUGCUGUGCCACACUGAGCCGGGCAGUGCCACCUCCGACCUUGGCUCCAGCCCGGGGAAGCUGGACUACACAGAGCACUACACACAGGUGCAGUUCAAUGAGCUCGAAGACACCAAGGUGUGCACUGUCGAGAUUGAGGACGACCGGGUGUUUGAGGGCAUGGAGAGCUUCGGUGUGGAGCUGAGUGUGCCCAUGUACGCCCUGCUGGGCAUGGUCACACGGGUGGAGGUGCAAAUCCAGGACCCGGAGGAUGAGCCCACACUGCAGUUUCAGAGGCAGAGCUACCAUGUCAGCGAGGACAUUGGCACCUUCUCCGCUCCUAUACAGAGGAAAGGUGACACAAGCAGCACAGUCUCUGUCCUCUGCCACACCGUCCCCAAGUCUGCCACCGGCAGCAGCCUGCAGUCCCCAGGGUCGGGCUCGGACUUUGCGACCCGCGAGGUUGGCGAGGAGAGCCGGGUGGUGUUGGGGCCAGGGAUGAGUGAAGCCGCCUGUGACGUGAGGCUGCUCGACGACCGGGAGUACGAGCAGGCCGAGGAGUUCGAGCUGAUCCUUUCGCACGUGUCCAACAACGCCCGCCUUGGGGACGUGACUGUCACCAAAGUGGUGAUCGAUGGGCCCAACGACGCUGCUGCCGUGUUCCUGGGCAGCGCCUCUUUCACCUACAGCGAGGACGCAGGCACCAUCGAGAUCCCCCUCCUCAGAGCGGGCAGUGACCUCUCCUCUGUGACCUCUGUGUGGUGUGCCACACGGCCCUCGGACCCUCUCUCGGCCACACCCGGCAUCGACUACAUCCCCAGCUCAAAGAGGGUGGAGUUCAAGCCAGGGAAGACUGAGGAGACCUGCAGUUUAACAAUAGUGGAUGACACCAAGAAUCCCACCAUCGAAGGUGUGGAAUCCUUUGUGGUCUUCCUCAGCUCGGCGCAGGGGGCGGUGCUCACCGAACCUUCUGAAGCGUCGGUCUUCAUCACCGACACCUCCCUGGACAUUCCCAGCAUGCAGUUUGAGAAGAGUGCGUACUGGGUGAAGGAAGAAGAUGGCGUCCUGAACCUUCCCAUCGUUCGCUCUGGAGACGUGAACUUGCUAUCCUCCGUCCGGUGCUACACCAGAACCAUGUCCUCCGCCGGGCUGGACGACUUUGCAGAGAGAAGAAACACAGAGAAAUCCCGCGUUACUUUCCUCAAAGGAGAAAGGGUGAAGAACUGCACCAUUCAGAUUAAUGAUGACUCAGUGUUCGAACCCAAGGAGGAGUUCCACGUGCACUUAGGGACGCCGCUGGGGGACCACUGGAGUGGGGCUGCAGUGGGCAGGAAUAAUGUUGCCACUGUCACCAUUACCAAUGAUGAGGAUGCACCCACAAUUGAGUUUGAGGAAGCAGCAUAUCAAAUCAGGGAGCCUCCCAGCCCGGAUGGAACUGAGGCCCUGGAUGUCAAGGUCAUCCGAAGAGGGGACCAAAACCGGACCUCGAAGGUCCGCUGCAGCACCCGAGAUGGCUCAGCCCAGUCCGGAGUGGACUACAGUCCUAAGAACAGAGUUUUGAAGUUCAGCCCUGGUAUGGACCACAUCUACUUCAAAACUGAGAUUCUGUCCAAUGAGGCAAGGGAAUGGCACAAGUCAUUCUCAUUGGUCCUUGGCCCUGAUGAGCCAUCGAAUGCUGUGCUCGGAGAGAUCACUAUGGCAACAGUGACCAUCCUGGAUCAGGACGCAGCAGGAAGUCUGAUCCUCCCUGCCCCACCCAUAGUGGUGUCCUUGCUUGACUAUGACUGUGUAGAGGAGGCUUCUAAAGAGGGCAGCAGGAAGUCACCCUCCCAGGGUUACCCAUUAGUCUGUGUGACCCCAUGUGACCAGCACUACCCAAAGUACUCAACAAUGCGGGAGCGCUGCGAGGAGGCGGGCAUUAACCAGACCUCCGUCCGCUUCAGCUGGGAGGUGGCGGCUCCCACAGACUCCAGUGGGUUCAGAUCCCCAUUUGAGACUGUGACAGACAACACUCCCUUCACCAGUGUGAAUCACAUGGUGCUGGACAGUAUCUACUUCAGCAGGCGCUUCCAUGUGCGCUGUGUGGCUCAGGCCCUGGACAAAGCUGGCCACUUUGGCACCCCCCUGAGAAGCAACGUCGUCACCAUUGGCACCGAAGGCUCCAUCUGCCACACACCCGUCGCCAUGGGAACCACCCGGGGCUUCCAGGCCCAGUCCUUCAUCGCCACCCUCAAAUACCUGGAUGUCAAACACAAGGAGCACCCCAACAGGAUCCACAUCUCGGUGCAGAUCCCUCACCAGGAUGGCAUGCUCCCCCUGGUGUCCACCAUGCCCCUACACAACCUGCACUUCCUGCUGUCUGAGCCUGUCUACCGGCAGCAGCACUUCUGCUCCAACCUGGUCACCCUCGCUGACCUGCAAGGCAUCUCUGAGACUGGUUUCCUGGCUGAUGUGCCCUACGAGCGUCUCUCGCUGGGCCCGGGGUAUGACCGCCCGUAUCAGUUCAACCCCAAGGUGAGAGAGCCCAGAACCAUCCAGCUCUACAAGCACCUCAACCUGAAGAGCUGCGUCUGGACAUUCGACGCUUACUACGACAUGACCGAGCUCAUUGAUGUCUGCGGGGGGUCAGUCACAGCCGACUUCCAGGUGCGCGACUCGGCACAGUCCUUCCUCACGGUGCAGGUGCCGCUGUACGUGUCCUACGUGUACGUGACCACGCCCCGUGGCUGGGCCUCCCUGGAGCACCACACCCAGAUGGAGUUCUCCUUCUUCUACGACACUGUGCUCUGGAGGACAGGUAUACAGACAGACAGCGUGCUGUCUGCCAGGCUGCAGAUUGCCAGGAUUUACAUUCGAGACGAUGGACGGCUUGUGGUUGAAUUUAAAACACAUGCCAAAUUUAGAGGUCAGUUCGUCCUCGAUCACCACACCCUCCCGGGUCGCCGGUCCCACCUGAUGGCUCCGGAGCACCUGGGCAACAUAGACUUCGACCUGCAACUGCUGUGGAGCGCCCAGACCUUUGACUCGCCCCACCAGCUGUGGAAGGCCACCAGCUCCUACAGCAGGAAGGACUACUCUGGCGAGUACACGGUCUUCCUCAUCCCCUGCACCGUGCAGCCCACACAGCCUUGGGUCACCCUGGGAGACAAGCCGCUGCCCUGCACAGCACACGCCCCAGAGAAGUUCAUUGUUCCCAUCGCCUUCCAGCAGACAAACCGCCCAGUUCCUGUUGUCUACUCCUUAAACACAGAGUUCCAGCUCUGCAACAAUCAGAAGGUCUUCAUGAUGAACCCUGCUUCAGCGGACAUGUCCCUGGCAGAAAUGGACUACAAAGGAGCCUUCUCUAUAGGGCAGACCCUGUAUGGCCGGGUGCUGUGGAACCCGGAGCAGAGCCUGAACACGGCCUACAGGCUGCAGCUGGAGAAGGUGUACCUGUGCACCGGCAGGGAUGGCUACGUUCCCUUCUUUGACCCCACAGGGACCCUGUACAACGAGGGGCCUCAGUACGGCUGCAUCCAGCCCAACAAGCAUCUGCGGCACAGGUUCCUGCUGCUGGACCGACAGCAGCCCGAGGUGUGUGACAGGUAUUUCCAUGACGUGCCGUUUGAGGCAGCCUUCGCGUCUGACAGGGCUGCCCUGCGGGCCCUCACCCUGAUGCCCGGGAUUGACGGCUUCACCAUGAAGGUUGAUGCCCUUUAUAAGGUGGAGGCGGGGCACCAGUGGUACCUGCAGGUGAUUUAUGUGAUCAGGCCGGAGUCUGCCCCGGGGCUGCGGGUCCGGCGCUCGCUGAUGUACGGCCUGAGCCGCGGCCGCAGGGACCUGGCGGACAGGACACAAGGGCGCCUCACACUGGACGAGUCCCUCGUCUAUGACAACGAGGGCGACCAGGUGAAGAACGGCACCAACAUGAAGACGCUGAGGCUGGAGGUGGAGCCGGAGCCGACCUUCGACCCGCACACGGGCGGCUCCAUCGGGGGCGGAGUGGCGGCCGUCACCCUGGUCGUCCUCAUCCUCCUCUCCACCUGCCUCCUUUUCAAGAAGUGCCGGCUGAAGAAGAGGACGCCCACGUGCCUGGUGGAGGAGUACCCCCUCAACACCAAGGUGGAGGUGUGCCUGGAGAAGAACUUCAGCAGCAUGCACUGCACCGUCCGCAAGGUCAACAUCCUCAAUGUCGACCAGGACGCUUCCAACGUCAAGGUCAAGCAGGUCAACCUGGAGGUCAAGCUCCACAAAAAUUUUGUCGAGGGGACUGAGGUCUGAUCAUAGCUGAGUAUUUUUUUAUAUCGUUAUUUGUAAUUGAAAAAUAAGUUACUGUAUUUUUGUACAACCACAAAGCAAGAAUUGUAUGGUCACUGUUUGAGGGCUGCAAGCAUUUUGCUGGCCCUUUUUGGACCCCUGGUUGUAAAGCUUUGAUACUGCGGGAGCCGCUCAGUUAGUGUGUCAGUAGCCAGUCAGUGGGACAGGGUUGCCUUCUUCAUUGACAAUGGAGCAGUAAAGUGCUGACCAGCUACUGUAUGCAGCGUAGACCAUUUCACAACUGAGCUACCUCACGAGACCAAAGGAUUAUCACAGCUUUCAGACCUCACUGUGCUGUCAGACCUGGCAUUGUUCCUCAUACAUAUUAGACCCGUGUUGUAAGUUUAUGUAUCUGAAAAUGCAAUCUAAUGAAAUGAGUUUUUUUGUUUGUUUUUUUUGGAAGUGAGCCUCAUAAUGAAUUCUGUGGUAGCUCGGGCAUUCGGCUUUGUUUCAACCUGAUGAUGUGUUCAAUGAUCCAGUUGAGAAUGUCACAUCUAACCGUUCAGUCACUGCGUAGACAUUGUGAUUUCUGUGAUAGAAUGAAGCCCUAGCACAGUGCAUUUGCCAGAAAAGCUCUUUGAUUGUCUGUUCAAGUGCUCUUGCUUGGUGAUCCACACAUCUGUCAAUCAAGGUUUUAAUUUCAUGUUUGUGUUUAACGUUGCACUGUAG